AUCUCUCCAUCUCCGAUCACCAAAUCGGAGAAAAAUGGCAUCACACUCAUCGGCAUUCCUCCUACUCCUCACCCUCCUCGCCAUCUCUUUCUUCAAACCCUCACAAUCAGCCGGCAUCGCCACUUACUGGGGCCAAAACUCCGGCGAAGGAAGCCUAACCGACACCUGCGCCACCGGAAACUACCAGUUCGUAAACGUAGCUUUCUUGACCACCUUCGGCGAUGGCCAAACACCCGUUUUAAACCUAGCAGGUCACUGUGAUCCUGCUUCCACUUGUUCCAGUUUAAGCUCCGAGAUAAAGUCAUGCCAGGAUCAAGGUGUCAAGGUGUUUCUUUCUUUAGGAGGACAAAACGGACGUUACAUCCUAUCGUCACCUGAAAACGCACAGGAGGUUUCCGACUACCUAUGGAACAACUUUCUCGGUGGCCAGUCGAAUUCCCGGCCGUUGGGAGACGCUGUUCUGGACGGAAUCGAUUUCGAUAUCGAAACUGGGACGGGUCAGUUCUGGGAUAAUUUGGCUAAGGCGCUGGCUGCACACAGCUCGGAGAAAAAGGUUUAUUUGUCGGCAGCGCCGCAGUGUCCGAUUCCGGACGCCAAUUUGGACGCUGCGAUUAAAACCGGAUUGUUUGAUUAUGUUUGGGUGCAGUUUUACAAUAAUGGGCAGUGUGAAUAUGGUGCAAAUGCUGAUGCUUUAUUAGCUAGAUGGAAUGAAUGGACUCAGGUGAACUCGCCGCAGAUCUUUUUGGGUGUGCCGGCGGCUACCGAGGCUGCCGGAAGCGGGUAUAUUCCGCCGGAUGUUCUUACGUCUCAGGUUCUUCCAAAGAUCAAGGGUUCUCCCAAGUAUGGUGGAGUUAUGUUAUGGAACAGGUUCUAUGAUAAACAAAAUGGAUACAGUGAUGCUAUCAAAGGCAGUGUUUGAGUCUAUACAUAUAUUAUAUAGUUAUGGUGAGGUGCUGAUUUGUUGUCUGAAUAAGUUCAUAUCUUCUGGAUAUGGUGUUUGUUUCUAGCAGCCGCGUUUAUGAUAAUGAUAUCAGUCAAUAAAAUGGUUAUAGUUAUUUUAUUUUAA